CUGUUUGGGGCAACUUUGUUAACAUGAGCUUUUUGCUCAACAGGUCUAUCCAGGAAAAUGGUGAACUAAAGUUCGAAAGCAAGAUUGAAGAGAUUGUUGAACCAUUAAGAGAGAAAAUCAGAGAUUUGGAAAAAAGUUUCACCCAGAAAUACCCACCAGUAAAAUUUUUAUCAGAAAAGGACCGGAAAAGGAUUUUGAUCACUGGAGGUGCGGGCUUUGUGGGGUCCCAUCUGACUGACAAACUCAUGAUGGAUGGCCAUGAGGUGACCGUGGUGGACAACUUCUUCACAGGCAGGAAGAGAAAUGUGGAACACUGGAUUGGCCAUGAGAACUUCGAGCUUAUUAACCAUGACGUGGUGGAGCCCCUCUACAUUGAAGUUGAUCAGAUUUACCAUCUGGCGUCUCCAGCCUCUCCCCCAAACUACAUGUACAACCCCAUCAAGACUCUGAAGACUAAUACAAUUGGAACAUUGAAUAUGUUGGGACUGGCAAAGCGCGUGGGUGCCCGUCUGCUCCUGGCCUCCACAUCCGAGGUAUAUGGAGAUCCUGAGGUCCACCCUCAAAGUGAAGACUACUGGGGCCAUGUGAAUCCCAUAGGACCCCGGGCCUGCUACGACGAGGGCAAACGAGUCGCGGAGACCAUGUGCUAUGCCUACAUGAAGCAGGAAGGUGUGGAAGUACGGGUGGCAAGGAUCUUCAACACCUUUGGGCCACGAAUGCACAUGAAUGACGGGCGGGUGGUCAGCAACUUCAUCCUGCAAGCACUACAGGGGGAGCCGCUCACGGUAUAUGGAUCUGGGUCUCAGACAAGGGCGUUCCAGUAUGUCAGUGAUCUGGUGAAUGGCCUGGUAGCACUCAUGAACAGCAAUGUCAGCAGCCCUGUGAACUUGGGGAACCCAGAAGAACACACGAUCCUGGAAUUUGCUCAGUUAAUUAAAAACCUUGUUGGUAGUGGAAGUGAAAUUCAGUUUCUCUCUGAAGCCCAGGAUGACCCACAAAAAAGAAAACCAGACAUCAAAAAAGCAAAGCUGAUGCUGGGCUGGGAGCCCGUGGUCCCAUUGGAGGAAGGGUUGAACAAAGCCAUUCACUACUUCCGGAAGGAGCUAGAGUACCAGGCCAAUAACCAGUACAUCCCCAAGCCUAAGCCCGCCAGAGUAAAGAAGGGCCGGACGCGCCACAACUAAGUUAGCCUUAGGACAUGAGACUCCAUUUUACACUUAAUGAGAUGAACUUUUGUGGGAUUUUUUUUUAAAGACUUAAACAGGUGUCAUGAAGAACAAACUGGAAUUUCAUUCUGAAGCUUGCUUUAAAGACAUGGAUGUGCCUAAAAGCUCCCUCGAAACCUGCAGACUUUGCCUUGCACUUUUUAAAUCUGUCUUUUUAUGUACAACAGCCUAGAUGCAUCUCUGCUAUUUUCAGGUUUUUUAUCUUGCUGUUAGAGUGUAUGCUGUAACUGUCAUUGACAGUUUUAUUUACUGGUUUCUUUGUGAAGCUGAAAAGAAACAUUAAAUGGGGUGGAAAAUGCCAAUUUUAUUUAUAAAAGUGGGUACUUAUAAAUGAGAUGUUACACUAUGCAUAAAGAAUAAAAAUCCUAGUGGUAUUGUCA